CGUUAGCCAUGACAACUGUAACAAUUCAUAGUGUGAAGCAGCUCUGUUUUACCCAGAGGGGCCACGUCGUGACGAAUCUGCGAAUCCGUAGCACAAACUAAUGCCUUGACUGACAUGGAAACUUGCCAGGGAAACCGGUUUCCAUGGAGCCCCGCCUCGAAACGUUUGUUUACAUCCCAUCUACCACUAGUGUCCACUAGUGUGGCGUUCGAAAAGUAGCAGUAAUGGUACAUUUAUUAGAUUAAAGUCAACAAAAAGAAACAAAUAUGUCGGAUAUAUUGUGCCAGUGGCUGAACGAGGAGCUUCGGCUGUCAAAAGUUGUCGUUCGUUGCGGGGAUGCUGAGAGGCAUGCAUUUGAGACUAUAGGUGUCAAUAACCAAAUACCUUUGCUAAGGAUUUCUCAAGUGGUUACCUCAUCGGUGAAGUUCUCCAAAAAUAUGGGAUGAUUAAGGAUGUCAGCGUGUUCACAAAGACAGACACCUCCAUGUCCAAACUGAACAAUUUCACUCACCUGGAACCAACUCUCCACCUACUGGGCAUCUCCUUCAACCUGACCACAGCUCAAGGGCUGAUGCAGGAGAAGGUGGGUGUUGCCACUCAUCUGCUCUAUCAGCUCUACGUCUCACUGGAAAAGAAGAGGAAGUCCGAGAUGAGCAAGGCAACCAUGGAAAUUAUGCAGCCUGUGGCCAUCAAUACCCUGCAGACAAAAGAUCACCAAGUCUUCUCAGAUCGAUUCUCACAUGCUAUGGUAAAACAUGAAGCACAAAUGAAGUUGCAGAAAAUUAGUCAACACUACACUAACAAGAAACGCUCUCAGAUGGAUGACAAGUCAGCCCAGAAGAAGAGUCAACACAGAGUCCAGGAUGAGAAGAGAGGGAUUCACAUGAGGAAGUUUAGUCGUCCAAAGUACAGUGACAUCGUCCUGAUGCAAAACCAGACCACUGAUGGUCAGGUGCCCAAGCCGCCUCCUUAUUCUUCACUGGUCAACCUGAAGAGACAGAAGCAGCAUCAUCGCACAGAGCAACAAGCACAGAUAGUCCAGAGUGAAAUUGCCCAGUUUGAGACAAACAGGAAGAAGCUGGCCACUUCAGGCUUUGCUUCCUCUUCCGGCGGUCUGGAUGCUUCACUGGGGAGCAGCACUCAAGGCUGCGGUGAAGGUGGAAAUGAGCUGAUGCUCCAGUCCAACAGCAAGUACAUUCAGGACAUCCGCCAGAGGUUGCAGGAGAAUGAAGCAGCUUCUGAGCAGCGAGAGAAGAGACGAAACAGAUGCCUGAUAGAGCAACUCAAGGCCCACGAAGCUCAAGAGGAGAGAAGGCGAGAAGAGCAGCUGGUGAGAUAUCUGACCGGCCAGACUCUGCAAGAGAAGCGUUUGGCAGUGCAGCUCCUCCAGAUGCGCAAGCAGAAGGAUGCGUUCCGGCAGAACCGCCUGCUGAAAGAGCAGCAGUUCCAGCAACAGAGGGAGAAGGAAUUCCGGGAAGCCCUGGAAAGGGAGGCGGCCCUGACCAGACAGGCUCAGCUGGACUGUGCCGAAGAGAUUCGCCUAGAGCUUGAAUUCUGCAAGAAGAUGGCUGAGGAGUGUGCACAGAAUAGAUCCAAGAAGCAUUUUGAGAGGUGCAAAGAGAUUUUGGAGCAGAUUGUGGACUUGGCGACCAAAGUUGGAGAAUAUCGCCUGCUCACUGCAAAUUUAAUUCCAGCAAAGCUGAUGCAUGAAUGGAAGGAAUUGCUGUUAAAUGGCCUGCCUCUGUAUGAUCAGCCACGACCCACAUCACCAGACCCUGUAGAGCUUCAGAAACAGGAGAUACUCAACAACCAGGACUAUGACGAAUACAGUAACAUGGUAGGAGAGUGGACUUGGCCGGAGGAAGCCGGGGAGACAUGUUCACCGCCGGGCCCCAACAUGAUUCUCAAACAUGUGCUCUUGGUACUGAGGAGCACGACCUUACCACCAGGCCCAUCAUUGUGUUCUACCUAUAAGAUAAAGGCGUGUGUCUUGGGCAAGUUUUGCUCUGGCAAGACCACAUGCCUGAAGAAGAUUGCUGAAGAGCUGCACAUAUUUGUCCUAUCCGUGGACACACUAGUAAAAGAAGCUUUGACUGCUUAUAAGAACAGAGAGGUCACAGAAGAAAUGGAAGACGCAGAGAUUAAAAUAUCCCCCAGAGUGCUCAAAUAUGGUCUAGAGGAAAUAACGGACACAAACUUGUCAACCCGUGCCUUACUGGGAAAAGUUGCUGGAACAGAGCUGAGCAAAGGCAGUGUUAUACCUGAUGAACUAUUGGUGGACAUUUUGGUGGAGGCUAUAAGGCUGGUUCCACCUGAGUCAGGCUGGAUCCUGGAUGGCUUUCCAGUCAACAUUGACCAGGCCUAUUUAUUAGAGACAGCCCUUUAUUCUCUGGAUAUGGAGAAUGACAUCAUGUGCAGAAAGACAGACCUCCUCCUGGAUCCGAAUCCGCCGACACCCCCACCCCCGCCUCCGGUACUGGACUUGGCAUUAGUGCUGAAUAUUCCUGAUCCUAUUGUGGCCAAGCGGGCUAUCAAUCACACUGAUAGACGCCCUGACGCUACUGCGGACAAAAAACUGUAUGUGGGACAGAUUCCACACAGGAUCGCAACCUUUCAGGACAACUGGCCCAAACUUCAGGAAUGGUUUGAGAGCGAUGGGAAGAAAAAUAUAUUGAUGAAGGUAAAUGCAGAUGUACAGAAAGAAGACCUUUACAAGACUGUGAAGAAGAUCCUACAGAAGACUAUCGUGAAAAAACAGGAAGCGUUGGAAACAACAGUACCUGUGGAGACCUCCCGUCCUGUUACACCCGUGCAGGUAGAACAAACACGGACCGUCUCAAAUGAAGAGGUCAAAAUGGAAGAGUCAGAAUCAAACCAUACAGAGGACAGAGAUAAAGCCCACCCUGGAUCUCCGACAGAAGGAAACGAGGUGUCUGCUGACGCAUCACCUGAAGAGGAGUUGCAAGAAGCCCCUCCUGUUUCUUCCUCACCUGGCCCGGGUUCUACCGGUUGGGUCUACGUGGAUGAGCCGGUGCCCUUGGAUAAAUCUGAAUAUCUGUGUCAGCAAUGGGAAGCGGUGUGUGAUUCCUAUGUGAGCAGUGUGAAGUCUGUAAUGGAAGAGCUCCGCUUGGAACGCACUAUUAUUGAUCAUCACUUAUAUGACGUCAGAGAGGAGUUCAGGCAGUACCUGGAGCGACCAGACCUGAAGCAGGAAUUAGUCUCUCAGUGGCAGAAGGACUACAACAGCAUCCCUGACGAUCUGAGGCAAAACGAGGAGACCAAAGCAGAGCUAAAUCAUCGUCUUGAUGACCUGCGAGAACAUUUGUGGGACAUUGUUGAAACGCACAAGGAAGACGACGAGACUCAACGGGCUGUUCUCAUAGGAGAGAAGUGGUUAGAGGAUCAUGCCAUAGUCCUUGUCAACCAUCAUUUAAGACUCAUACAGGUGGAAAUGAGCCGCUUUCAGAACACCCGAAAUGUUCUGAGAGACUACUAUCUGAAUUCGGGUCAACAGGAUCUCAUUGACUGCAUCACUUUCCUGGAAAAUCCAGAUAUGGGACCUGCAAGGGAAUUACCUGAGAUCCUGAUCUUCAAACAAGAAGAGGCCUUUGCCACCAUAUCUAAAAUGGUGUCAACAGAACCUCUGCAGGUGGACCUGAGGGCAAGAGAGUUGGAACCAAUCCAAGAGAAGGACAAGGACAAGGAGAAAGAUAAGGACAAGGAUAAGGAAAAGGACAAAGAAAAGGACAAGUCAAACAAAAAGAAUAAAGUGUCCCCAUCUCCCCCUCCUGCAUCCAGCCCUACACCAGCUGUUGAGGCCUCCAAUGUGGAGAAGACCCCCGGAGCCGUCAGACAAGUCAAAAACAAAAUAAUCAAAGAAUACACAGCUGCACUCAAACAUGAAGAGAAUGCAGCAAAGACUCGGAUGAAGCUUGUGAAGGGCCACGGCCUGGCAUUGGUGAACUCUCUGAACAGCAGAGCUGAACAGAUCUUUAGUGACAUGCAGGACUGGUUAGAGGCACAUUAUGUUGCUCAAAUGAAUAGUAUUGACCAACUCACAGAGGUGGUGCGGCACUAUAUAGAGAGUGCUCUUCAGCUUGAGAAUGAGUUAGUGCUGGAAAGUAUUGAUUUCUAUUUCAACGGAGACACACAAUUAGUGCCGAGUCCACCGAGACAACCGAGUCCACUGGCCUCAGAGCAAGUGACACCAUCCAUGUUGACCAUUGUUCAGCUGGAGUCACUCUACAGUUCUUUUUGUAUCGAGGCUCCAUCAGGCUUUAUAUCCAGUUCUGACUUCUUCCGUCUGAUCAAUGACAUAGUCCCUUAUAACACUCUACCUGAACCCUGGGUCAACAUUACUGAAACACAGCUGAACGAGAUCAUUUCUCUGCUCAUGAACGAGUCUAAGCAGAUAGACUGGCGCAAAUUUCUGCUCAGUGCUGCUCUCCCAUGGCCGUUUCCAUCCCUUACAUCCCUGUUGGGUGCGCGCCAGCUUUUCAAGGCAGCAGAUGCUAAAGCGACAGGGUAUAUACGUGAGGAAGAAUAUCUGCAGACAGAGUUGUGGUUUCCCAGUGUAGACGCCUGUGAGCUUUCACGUGAUCGCCUUGCUAAGCUACGUAAGUUCUUCUUCCAGCUGUUUGCGGACCACGUAUACACCCCGCCUCGUCUGGACUACAUGUCCAUGCUCCUUUACUUCACCUGUGACCCAGACCACAAGCAGGGCUUCAUCAGAGCGCUGAGUUUAAUGACAGGACUUCAUCUCAAGUACCCAUCGCCCGGUCCUCUUGUCAUGUCUGAGACCAGACCAGAAGAAACCAAGGAGGACAUGGAGGAGCAGGAGGAGGCAGAGGAGGAAGAAGAAGAAGACCUUUUGGAGGAGCAGCAAAUAUCCAUCCCUACUCUCCUUUAUGUCUUGUUCCCUGAAGUGAGCAAUAUAAAAUGUGACGCCAUGCUUCCCCAAAGCUGCCUGAACCAGAAGGAGAACAAAGAGCAUCUUGUGCAGAUAUUUGCAGAUCUGGGCUACAGUCCAGAAGAUUGCGUCCCUUUUUCUGUCCUCUUGAAGCAUUCAACAUUUCAGAACCUGAUAGAGAACACGGACAAUUACCUGUUUGUCAACAUCCAUAAUGUGCUUCAGGCCCAUCAGCUAUGAGUGACUCUACAGUCUCCUAAUUGAUGACACAUUUACCAUCUUCUCGAUCAUCAUUAAAAAAACAGGAGAGA